UAGCGUUGUGUGAAUUCAAAAUUCGUACAAUGCUACGUUCGUAAUAAAUUUUUCAAACAAAUUAAUUUUUAACUUUCAGAAAAAUAUGGACGCCGUGAGAAGUUUUUUUUUAACUAUUGCUUUAUGUGCCAUAAUCACAAACAUCGUUUCCGUAUACUUUCUUUACAAAAAACGUCUAAAAAACAACUAUGUUAUCCUGUGUAUCAACCUAUCUUUGAGUGAUUUACUGCAAAGUUUUGCGGGAUACAUACCAGUAAUAUUUUUUAAACCAAAUUUACAAAAAGCUACAACACUGUGUAAACUAUCAGCAUUUUUUGUUGCUUUUCCGUCAUUCACAACAAUUGCAACGCUCACUGCAAUAGCCCUUUCAAGACUUUUGCUACUAACUACACGAUGUAAUAAUAAUCAAAUUAACUAUAAAAAAUUAUUUACCAAAGUUGCAAUACUCUCGUGGGUCUAUGGAUUUACUUGGGCUGUUUUACCACUUUUAGGAUUUUCUUCAUACACAUUAGAAAAUACAAACACUCGAUGUUCAAUUAACUUUUCACUUAGAAAUAAAAUCGAAAAAGUUUAUUUAAUAUUAUUGAUGGCCUUUAUAUUUUUUAUCCCUUUUACAAUAAUUUUAACUUCAUGUUAUUUUACAGCGGACCUAAUCAGCACAAAGUACAAAUAUUUUUGUAUGACAUACGGAAAAGAAAAUGUUGAAGCAAAAAGGUUCAAAGAAAAAGAAAAAAAAGCAUUUUUAUCGUUUAUACUUAUGGUGUUUUCAUUUAUAGUUUGUUGGACACCAUAUACAAUAAUUGGUUGUUUAUCAACUUUUACAUCAGCUAAAACACCUAAAUGGCUAACGGAAGUAGCGUCUAUUUUCGCAAAAUUAUCUGCUCUAGUGAAUCCUUUUGUUUACUUCUGGAAAGAUGCUUUAUUAAAAAAAACCAUUUCAAAAAGAAAACAAGAGUUUAAACUAUAUAACAUUGAUAUAAACAGAUAUAGGUAGAACCGCCCCCCACUUAUAUCUAUUUUAAACGUUGAAACUGUUCUACAUAAACACUGUUUUUUUAAAAUAGAAUUAUUACUCUUGAAAAAAUUGAACGAAAUUAGUUGGGCACCAUGUUGUUUGGCAACUUUUGCGUCAAAAUAAAACAUCAAAAUUACUUAUUGA